AAUUUACAGAACGGUAAUAGUUCUAGAAAGUCUAAGGGGCUGUUUGGGAGGGUGUUUGGUUUGUUUAGUGGACAUAUCUGAAUGAUUCCAUGGCCUCUGACCGAUUCAGAUUUAAAAACAUCCCUGAAUGAGAGCUGAAUGAGAAGUUGACCUAAAUACCCACGCACGUCACACGUUCCUCUCAUCUGCUCCUCUUCUCCUCUUCUGGGCGAUCACGCAAACCACCACCAUCCAAGCACAUCAAGACUUCGACGAUUCCAAGCAAAUCUUCGCUCACAACCAGUGAUCGGGGGUCAAGAAAAAACAUGGUGCACUCAGUGGUUACUACACGAGCAUUGGAAGAAGACAAUGACUUAAACACGUCGUCCAUAGGUUCCUAUAACUUGUUCCCGGCGUUACUUUUGCCUUGAUUGAAAUGGGUGUUACAAACACCAAUAUAGACGCUAGAGCAUUCGCCAAAGAUUUGGAAAAGAUCUUUUCAUCUAUACAGGAUUUGGAUACAGAAGUUGUUGUUGCUACAGCCACUCGAACAGAUACAAAUGCAACUGUUAUAUCAGCCAAUUUAGUUGUUGAUGAAAGGCAGAUGAAUGCACUGUUUCUUGAUGUGGUACGGGUCAGUGAGUUAUACGGGUUAAGAUUCCCUCGGGAAUUUGAACUGUUAAUGAAACAACUCUUGUAUUUUGAUCGCUACACUCGAUUACUAGCUCCCAACAUGAACAUGCUUCAAGAUCAAAGGAUUACGAUUGCCUCAAAUAGAAGAACUACCAACUGAAACAUUUACUAGUCUGCCAUUGAGAAUCUUCAUCCGUAUAUGGCAAUAGUACUCAAGUAAAUACUUGCAGAAAGCUGUUAUGUAAAGAAUUAAUUCAUGUAAUGCAAAUGUACCAUCAUGUGGAAUCAUAAUCCUAAGGGUGAUACGUUAAACC